AUGACAAGCCUAGAAGUUUAUCUUGAUUUUGCAACCUCACUUGCACAAGAAUGUGGACAAAUAAUUUUAGAAGCGUCAAUAACACGUUAUUCAAAGACAAAGAAAGUUUAUGAAAAACAUGGUAAUUCUUCUGACUUAGUAACCGAAACCGAUAAAAUGGUAGAAGAAUUAAUUAGAUCUAGGAUUAUUUCAAAAUUUCCUGAACACAGGUUUAUUGGUGAAGAAACGACUGCAGCUGGUCAUCAAUGUGAAUUAACUAAUGACCCAACUUGGAUUGUUGAUCCAAUAGAUGGAACUACAAAUUUUGUCCAUGGGUUCCCAUUUGUUGCGGUAUGCAUCGGAUUAACAAUAAACAAAGAACCCGUAGUUGGAGCAAUUUUUAAUCCAUUUCUCAAUCAAUUAUUUACGGCACGUAAAGGAAAUGGAGCUUAUCUUAAUUUGAAUACAAAACUUCCUUUAUCGCAUCCAAAUCCGCCACCCAUUUUACCAUCAAAUUUAUCACAAUGUUUAAUUGUAACGGAAUAUGGUAGCGAUAGAUCUCCCAUGGUUAUAGGAAAAAAAGUACAAUCAAUACAUAAUAUGGUUUCAAAAUCUGGUAAUGUUAAUUCGAGUAAUAAAAAUGCCGGAUCAGUUCAUGGUGUAAGAAGUCUUGGUAGUGCAGCUUUGGGUAUUAUGGAAGUUGUAAAAGGUGAAGCCGAUAUAUUUUGGGAAAUUGGUUGUUGGGAAUGGGAUGUAACAGCUGCUAUUAUUAUAUUGAGAGAAGCUGGCGGUCUUAUCGUUAGUGGUAAUGGACCAAAUGAAGAACCUGUUGAUAUACUAGGAAGAAAAUAUUUAGCUGUAAGAGCUGGUUCUCCAUUUUGGUUAGAGAAUUGUGGAAUGUUGUUGAAGAGAUAG